AUUUGAGCAAAAUGGGUUUACCAAUCCGAAGAAUGUUCGUUGUGUCGGUGUCCCUGUAUUUCAUCUACAUGGGAGUCUGCACCGUGACACCCAUCCUUAACUCUGGUCUGCACAGCGAACUUUCAAGCUCGUUCAGUGGUCACGCUAAAGUGUUUCCCGGCAGAUUCGGAGUCCAUCUCGACCCUGAACUUUACAGAUUUAUCUUCGGAUUGAUUGAGAUCGUUGCCGGUGCUCUGAUUAUAAUCGGGGAGUCAGUUUGGGCCGUGUACUCCGUGUGGGCUCUUCUCACCAUGCAAGCCUUCCUCUGCCUCUCCCUCUACUCCCAAGGAGAAAGUACUAAGUGUAUCCCCAACCUUGUGGCCCUCAACCUGAUCGGAGUCCUGGCUGGAGGUUCUCAUGGCCAACACCACAAGAUCGACUAAAGAGGGCGACUUUAUGUUGGAUUAGUUCUUCUCCCCUGAUAAUAUUUACUUAUGCGUCAAGAAGUCUCAAUAUUAACAACUGAUUUAGAUGUAGUUAUCAUUAUCUACUAAAAUUAUUCCUGAAUUUUAUGGCCAUUUCCAGUUGGUAGUUGAUAAUAUUAUUGUUUCAUCCAAUCUAUCCAUAUGUAUAAUCAAAGUUACUUUAUAACUGCGUAUCAAGGAGGACGCUGUUUGAUUAAUCAAUUUUCCAAUAAUCUUCCAAAAAACUAAGAUAUUCUAGAAUAACUUACAUGUAUGUGUGUACUCAGAUUUUGCUGUUUUUUAACUUUUCCUGUUUUAGAAUGAGGUUUAAGAAGUUAUUUUUAGAUUCAGUAUUUAUUUCACAUUUAAUUGUGAAUUUUAUGGUGGUUGCAUUACUAUAAUAUUACUAUGUGUGCAUUAUAGCAUUUUGAAUAUUUUGCCUUUUAGUCGGAUAUAUUAUCAUAUUGACUAUUAUCAAAUUUUAUCAAUUAAA